AGAGUAAGCAGAAUGUCAGCCCCACCUCCGUACAAACCUGCAGAUGGACAAUGGAGUUACCAAGCAGGACAACCUGUAGUCAUAACAAAUGAACCUGCUCCUGCAUAUGUACCAAGUAAUUAGCUUUUGCAUUCUUUUUAACUCAUUUCACCUUACAUGUAUCACACUUAGGACACAUGUUGGCUAGCUAAGGGUUGGUCAAUGCAUUUUAAUAAACCUUUACAUCAUGUGAUGUGAGGUGAUGUCAGAAGGUCAUAAAAAAGGGUAUUUUUGUGAUGCGUCUAUUUAGCGGUUUUUUUUAUCGUCAAUUGUGACUUGUGAAUUCAAUAAAUUAUUAUUUGUGCUCUGUGACCAAAAGGUUGAGUGUGCCCAGGGAAACACUUGAAAGUAAUAAUCGAUGAUCGAAUGGAUCUUUGUGAUUUCAUUACUUAUUUUUUUCUUAAUUUUCAGUUUCGAGACCUCUAUAAGAUGAAUAAAGACAUGAAAACAUCAUCAUAUGAGAAUGAUGAUGGGCUUUUUAAAGACUUAAAAAGUUGCUAUUUGCACUCUUUUUUAUUUUUCAACACUUUGCUGUUUUGUCGGGCACCCCUUGCUACUUUAUUGUUUAUGCAAGAACAAGAUAAAAAAAUAAUAAUUAUACUUUACACAAUGAUUAAUGCAACUUGAAAAGUGAAAUAAAAUUUUGAUAUCUUUCCAUUCGGGAUUAGUUAAUUGUUUGGGUCCAUAAACAUGCAAGUUAGAAUAUGUAUACUUUCUUCUUGUCACUAAACAUUCUUCACAAGAACCAGCUCAUUCAUUUUAAGAUUUUGUUAUUUGCAUUUCAGGCUAAGUGAGGACUUAUAGUUUCUUUGAAAUCGUAAGGCACAUAUAACCUCAGAUCGUCGGGUGAGAUUUUGCAUCAUCAACAUUUAGAACUAAUGUCACACUAGGCAAUAGGUCCUUCCAGGUGGCUGUGCCCAAGUUCUGCAUGAGCUUCGUGGUGUUCCAAACUUGCAUACUUUUGAGAGCAAUCUUAAGACGUAUCUUUUUAAGUUUGCUUAUCGUUGAAUGAAUUUUAAUGGCUACGUAUCGAUAUUUUAGAUUUUUAUGGCAGAAGUAUAUAUAUUUGUAUUGUUUUGCUUAUUGUAAAUAGGUUUGUAGUUUUUUUUUUUUUUUUUUUCAUGCUUUUGUUAUUAAUGUAAUGCGCAUUUGAUCAUUUUUAUGAAUACCUGCACAAUAUAAGUGAUUAAAUUAGUAUUAUUAUUACAUAUUCUAAGUGUGAUACAUUUAGCAAAUGUAGAGAGUCAAGCCGUGCCUUACAUGGCCACUUACAGGAGAGUGAAAUCAAUGUAAAAUUCUAAAACCUUAUCCCUAAGAGUUGUCACAGUCACUUCCGAGAGUUGGUCUUUAACAACAGGUUCCAACUCUAGUGAGCUGACUGGGAAAAUUUGGGUGUUUGGAUUGGCAGGUAUAUACAAAGCACAGGUCACAGGUCACAAGUUCAAGUAAUUGUUCCCUUUAAGGUAAAACUCUAUUUUGGAUUUUUGUGAUUAGGGCUGGUAGACACUUUUUUUAUUGUUGUUUAUUUACUGUAGCAUUGACCUCUAUACCCUCUAUACCUGCACGCGUGACCUGUUACCUGUGCCCUGCAUAUUGUACAUGUCUCUGCUAGUAUUGGAUAGGUGGUGACACUUAUUAAAGGGUGGUCAUUUAUGAGAGGUGGUCUUACGUGGAGGUGUGACUGUGUAACUAGCCUGCACUGAGCACACUCUCAGUUUAAUUUAUGGUUGAUUUUGUGGUUAUUGUUGACAGGUUACCAAGGUGGAGCUCCUCCAGUUUACCAAACUACUCCAAUCAUCGCAGCUCCGACAACCUAUGUUUAUGUCCGUGGUAAUUGCCCAGCUUGUCACUUGGGUAAUCUACAAGAUGAAUUCACACCUCUCGGGAUUUGUCUGGCCAUUUGUUUUUUCCCACUUGGUCUCCUUUGUUGUCUUCUGCUCACUGAAAAACGAUGUAACCAUUGUGGAAUGACAUAUGCAUAAAGAGCUAUUAAUAAUAAUUAUUAAUAGUGUAAUUAUUAAUAGUGUAAUGAAUAGUGUAAUCUAUUACUGUAAUGAAUAGAAAUAUAUGAAAUGACAACUGCAGCUGCGAGGAUCAUUUCCUCUUUCGAUUACUGCAAUGGUAAUCAAAUUAUUAUCAUUUAGCUGGUGAUCUAUCAGUCAGUAGAUGUUUUGUUUGUUUUGUUUUGUAUAGAAUCCAUGUAAAAUAUUGUACAUUGUUAUACUGCCAAAUUUCAGUCAGUAUAUUAAAGCAGCAUAUAUAUGUCAUGAUCGUCAAGACUUCGCAAAAGAAAAAUAAUACAAAAACUGU